UCCCACACACUCUCUCCCCCUCCCUCCAUUUCCCGCUCUCUCUCUCUCUCUCUGACGAUGACGGUCUUACGCUCUGGCGCGAAAUUUCCAAAAUCCCCAAAAUGCCCCUCAUCAGGUUCUGCAACUCCCACCAUCCAACCCUCGACUCCUUUAAAACCCCACGAGCAUUCGAAUUCUCUAUACUCUCCUUCAAUGCCUUCCAACCUCUCCUCUCCUUCCGACCCCAAAACCCCGCUCCUAGGGUUAGGGUUUUGCCCUGGUCUGGAAUCUUCGGCCCCAAGGCGCAGCCUCCGUCUCGCUUCGAAAUCGAACAGUCAAGAUGCGACGACAGUCGUUAGUGCCGGAAACCGAUGCCAGCGGAAUCCCAAUGCAGGGGAAGGAAGAGGCGACAAUAUGAAUGCUGAGAGAGAAGGAGAGACUUCAGAUUCGGAAUCAAACGGUCCGGAUAAAGGGACGGUUGAUUCCGGAAGCGGUAGUCGGCGGAAAGCGAGGGGCCAUGGUGGGAAUCCCGAUGCAGGAGAAAGGAAUUGCGUGAGUCCGGAUGCUGAUAGAUCGGGGAGGGGUUCGGAUUUGAAAUCGAGGGGUUCAGAUGCGGCCGUUAUCGGUGCUGUAGGAGUGGGUCGGCUGAGGCGGAGUGGCCGUUGCAGGAAUCCCAGUGCUGGAGAAGGAAAUGGCGUGAAUCUGAAUGCUGAAAGAGAAGGGGUGAGUUCGGAUUUGGGUUUAGGAAAUGCAAGUGGAGAGAGUAAGACGGAACGUGUUGCUAGGGUUUUGGAUUUGGAUUCUGGAAGCGCUGGGGGAAAGAGUAAGAGGAAGCAUGUUUCUGGGUUUUUGGAUGCUGCUGGUAAGAAAUCUAGGGAUUUGGUUGAAGAUGAAGGAAAGGAAGGGGUUCAGAAGAGAUUGGAUUCUGAUGGAUUGAGUUUCAGCAAAGAGAAUGGUAGGGCUCCUGGUUUUCCAGACAAGGAGGGAUUGAAAGAAAUCGAGUUGGUUUCAGAUGGGCACCGAAUGGUGAAGGAUGGAGAAAACGAGGGAAUCAAGAAGCAGAUGAGUGAAUUGAGUUCUUGCUCCAGUUUGAGGUAUUUCAGACGGAAGAGCAAAAGGCUUAUAGAAAAAGGUAGAGGAGAAUUAGCCUCUGAUCAGAUAUUGGAUUUGAAUUCUAUUGCAGGAGAUGGAAAUGAAGUGACAGAUUCAAAAGAAGCUGAGUUAGGUUGCAAUGGAGAUCAGAUAAUGAGUGAGGAUGAAUUGCGUACAGGUGCUGGUUUGAGAUACUUGAGGCGGAGUUCAAGGCUUGUGGGAAAUGAAAAAAGAGAAUUGGGUUUCGAUCUUAAUUUGGAUUUGAAUUCUCUUGUGAAGGAUGAAAAAGAACCGGGUUUGAAAGAAACUGAGUGUUCUGAUGGAGAUCGAGUAGUGGGGGAAUGGACUGAGGAGAAUAGGCUAAUCAGCGAGAAUGACUUGGGUUUGGAUUUGGGUUUGGGUUUGAGAUGUUCGAGGCGGAGCAGCGGAAGGCAUGAAAAAGGAACGAGGGAAGCUGACAUACAUGUAUCGCUGUCUUUGAAUUCCUUUUCUACGGAUGGAAAUGACAAUGGACUGUUGAAUUUGUGUUCAGGGACUAGAAUUGUUAAGAGAAGAAUUGAAGUGAUUGAUAUUGAUUCUGAUAGCGGAGGAGACAGAGAAGGCGAUGGAAGACUGGCCAAUGAAAAAGAGACGGACCCAGUUGUGAGAAGAUACAGCAAAGAAGAGAAGGGGAAGUUGGUUUUGGCUAAUUCGCUGUCGGUUGGUUGUGAUGUGGUGAAGCUGGACUCUGAGGUGGACCCGACUAUCAAUGGUAGUAGCACUAUUGAAGGGGAAAGAAGAUACAACAGAGAAGAAAAAGGGAAGGGCAAGUUGGUUGAAGAUAACUCUUUGUUGAUUGAUUAUGAUGCCGCGGAAUUAGGCGCAGAUACGGUUGAUGUAGGAUUUAGUGAUGAACACGUAUUUGAAAAAGUGACUUUAGAUCUGAUGGGGUUGAAAGAACUCUCCAAAUUGGAGAAUACAACGAAAACGAUGAAGCCCAGAAUGGCUGGAAGAGUGGGACAGGAUAACAGUAAAGAAACUGAAGUGGUGAUUGCUAAGGGAAAAAGGAAAAGAAAAGCUGUGGAAAGAACUGACGUUGUUCAAAGGAACAAGGUGAGGUUCUUAGAUACAGCGAAAGCAUUAGCUUCCAAAUUCGCUCAUUUCAUACCGGAAGAGCAAGGGGAUGAUAGCUCAUCACACAUGCCUGAAACUGAAAGGCGAGUUGUAGAAAAUGAGCAAGAAAUUGAAGAUUGGCCUGGCCCGUUUUCUACAGCCAUGAGGAUUAUUAAGGACCGAGAGGUGAGGCUGAGAGCUCGGCAAGGCAGUACCAUUUCUGAUAGAAACAAAUCUUCACCCGUGAUUGAAUGGAAGCCUUCGCAAGAUCGUGAUCAUAUGCGUUUGAUGCGGGUUGCUCCUUUAUUGCAAGAUUUAUGCUUUAACCUUCUCUGUAAGAAUGCAGAAGCAAUUACUUCACUCCAAGGAAUCCCAGAUUCACUGAAAUGCAAACUCAGUCGGUGGCUUUGUGAUUCACGAAAGAUGACUUGUCAUGUUCUGGGUCUCAUUGUCAGUGGAUCUCCAUCUGAAAUUUGCUUGAGAGAUUGUUCAUGGGUAACAGAAGAUCAGCUCAAAGAAAUCCUCGGAGGGUGCAAUACUGAUCACUUGAGGGUGCUACAAUUUGAUCUAUGUGGACGCUGUUUACCUGAUUAUAUAUUGCGUGAAACCUUGGCUCGGUCACCAAACAAUUUGCCUUCAUUAAUCACCAUAUCCCUGAGGGGUGCAUAUCGGCUUUCAGAUGAUGGGCUAACAGCACUUGUCUCUUCGGCACCUUUACUAAAAUCUGUAAAUUUGGGCCAGUGUUCCCUUCUUACCUCAGCCGGAAUCAUAACUCUAGCUGAGAAGUUGGGACCAUUACUGAGGGAAUUGUAUAUAGAUGAAUGCCAGAGUGUAGAUGCAAUGUUGAUUCUCUCUGCUUUGAAGAAGCUCAAGCAUCUGGAAGUGUUGUCGGUAGCUGGGGUUCCAAAUGUUUGUGACAAAUUUGUCCGCGAGCUUCUUUCUGGAUGUGGUCCAAAUAUGAAGGAACUUGCUCUGGCGGAUUGUGGGGAAUUGACUGACAGUUCCUUGAAAGUCAUUGCGGAAAACUGUUCUGGAUUGCAUGCUCUUGACCUUGGUGGCUUGCAAAAACUGACUGAUGUGGCGAUGCAACACCUUGCCAAUGGUUGUAGGUCACUUCAAGCACUUAAGCUUCGGCGCAAUGCUUUCAGUGAUGAAGGCAUAUCUGCGUUUCUGGAAGCAUCUGGAGAGUCAUUGAGAGAACUUUCACUCAAUAAUCUCAAAGAGGUUGCUCACAAUACUGCCAUCGCACUUUCUGCCCGUUGUUCCAAAACACUUUGCAGUUUGGAUCUGUCUUGGUGCCGCAAAUUGACAGACGAGGCACUUGGAUUGAUCGUGGAUAAAUGCUCGGCACUGAGGUUGCUCAAGCUGUUCGGAUGCACUCAGAUAACGAAGAAGUUCUUGCAUGGCCACUCUAAUCCUCUUGUUCAGAUUGUUGGACUGAAGGCGGCGCCAAUACUAACGCAGCUGGUUGUACGAGAUUCUUUAGAAGCUGCAUUACGAUAUUAGUCGAUUUCAUAGUAAGCUUUGUUUUCUAUGCGUCCAAGCUUGCAUGGCUGCAGGUGUGUGAUCCACACUUCUGUUUUUUCGUCAACGGUAACAUCUAAGCUUCAUCCGAGAUGGGAUCCUACCUAAGGUGUGUAUCUUUUAAGUCGAAAUAGAGAUAACAGAAAUGCCACUAGUUUUUGUACAGGGAAGGAAGCUGCUCGAUCUAACCAUCCCCAGUUUCUAAAGGUGGAUGGAAUUGAUCUGAUUGCACAACAUGAUGAUUUUUGUGUUCGGUUCAUUCCUUUUUUAUUUUUGAACUAACAUGGCUAUUGCAAACAUAUUGUUGUUUGGUAGAUUUAUAAGCAGAUCUUGAUACAUGGGAUUGGA